AUAAAAACCCACACGAGGUGGUUUCCAUUGUUUCCUGCAUGCUUACUUGCAGUCAGUUAUUCCAGGAAUUACCUUUGUUUGCAGAAAAGAAAACCAAGUAGAAGAUCAUGGCGAGUUCUGACUGGGGAUAUGAUGACCACAAUGGUCCUGAACAAUGGGGCAAGCUGUACCCCAUUGCAAACGGAAAUAACCAAUCUCCCAUUGACAUUAAAACCAGUGAAACCAAACGUGACACCUCUCUUAAACCUAUCAGUGUCUCCUACAAUCCAGCCACAGCCAAAGAAAUUAUCAAUGUGGGACAUUCUUUCCACGUAAGCUUUGAGGACAAUGAUAACCGAUCAGUGCUGAGAGGUGGUCCUCUUUCUGAAAGCUAUAGGCUCAGUCAGUUCCAUUUUCACUGGGGCCGCACAAAUGACUAUGGUUCUGAACACACAGUGGAUGGAGUCAAAUAUUCUGGAGAGCUUCACAUAGUUCACUGGAAUUCUGCAAAAUACUCCAGCUUUGCUGAAGCUGCCUCACAGGCUGAUGGAUUGGCAAUUAUUGGUGUUUUGAUGAAGGUUGAUAAGGCCAACCCACGACUGCAGAAAGUACUUGAUGCCCUAAAUGCAGUUAAAACCAAGGGCAAACGAGCCCCAUUCACAAAUUUUGACCCCUCUACUCUCCUUCCUUCAUCCCUGGAUUACUGGACCUACUUUGGCUCUCUGACUCAUCCUCCUCUUCAUGAGAGUGUAAUCUGGAUCAUCUGUAAGGAGAGCAUUGGUAUCAGCCCAGAACAGCUGGCACAGUUCCGAAGUCUUCUAUCAAAUGUUGAAGGUGACAAAGCUGUCCCCAUUCAGCACAACAACCGACCACCUCAGCCUCUGAAGGGCAGAAUAGUGAAAGCUUCAUUCUGACGGGACCAGGAAGGAACUUAUCCUCCUUCCAGAAACACUGCCCUGCUUCUGACACAAACCAGUAAAACAAAUUUUGAAGAAAUAAAAUUAUUUCAAUACUA